AUAAAAUAAUCCCCCCUCCCUCUCUGCUGCCAUUCCAUCAGAUGUAGUACCGGUUUACUCCUCCAGAGGCGCAAUCUCCAUCCGGCUCGUCACACACGUCUUUCUCAGCAGCGGCGUUUAUUCAUUUUCUCCGAUAAUGGACGCGGGAUUCUUCCGCGGCACAAGUGCGGAGCAAGACAACCGUUUCAGCAACAAGCACAAGAAACUGCUCAAGCAGCUGAAAUUUGCAGAAUGUCUGGACAAGAAGGUGGACAUGACCAAAGUGAACCUGGAAGUCAUCAAACCUUGGAUUACUCAACGGGUGACCGGGAUUCUGGGGUUUGAGGACGAUGUCGUCAUAGAGUUCAUAUUUAACCAGCUUGAGGAAAAGCACCCGGAUAGCAAGAUGAUGCAGAUCAACCUGACAGGUUUUCUGGACGGAAAGAAUGCCCGGGAGUUCAUGAGGGACCUGUGGCCCCUGCUGUUGAGUGCCCAGGAGAACAUUGCUGGCAUCCCCUCUGCUUUUCUGGAACAGAAGAAAGAGGAAAUUAAACAGAGACAGAUUGAACAGGAGAAGCUAGCUUCUCUUAAGAAGAUGGAUGAGGAUAAGAAGGAAAAGGACACCAGAGAGAGAGCUCAGUCAAAAAGUCCAAGAAGACGAAAGACAAGGUCGCCAUCCCCACGACGAAGGUCGCCGGUGAAGCGUGAAAGGAAACGCAGCCCGUCUCGCUCCCCAAGGCGCAAACCCAGUCCAGUUGGUGGCAGUUCACCACCGCCACCGCUGAUGCAGCUGCCCACGAAACCUGUGGAGCCAAUCGUGGAACCCGAUACAUCAGGACAGGCCCUGCCUGAACCAGUGGUUCAAGAAGCUUCUUCCACCUGUGACAUAGUUGUGGAGGUGGUGAAAGCAGACUCACAGCAAGUCACAGAGGUCAAAGAACCCACUCCAGAGAAAACACAAAAGAAAGAAGAAAGGCCCCGGUCUCGAGAAAGGGAGAAGGAAAGCAGGAGGGAAAGACCUCAUCACCGAUCCCGUUCUCAUUCCCGUUCUCGCAGACGACGUUCUCGUUCUCGAUCUUACUCCCCUCGUAGAAGACCAAGUCCCAGGAGGAGGAUGUCUCCUCGCCGCAGGAGUCCCCCUCGACGUGGUCCCACCAACUCCAGACACAGACCCAGACGCUCCCCACCUCGCAGGAGGCGCUCUCGCUCUGCUUCAUCCUCUGGCAGCAGCUCCUCAGGCUCUGGCUCAGCUAAGAAAGCUGUGAAACGACUAUCAAACACACCACCCCGAAAACCGCUACAUCAUCGAGAUGCCUCAGUUAGCCCCGCAGUGAAAGACAGACGGUCGCCGUCUCCCAGGGCGAGAAGAGGACGGGGUUCAGCGUCCCCACCCAGAUUGGGUUUAAAACAGAAAGCAGCAGCAGGAGGAAGGAGUGAUUCUCCUUUUAAGCCUAGACAUUCUGACAGGUCUGAGUCAGAAGAGGAUAAAAAUGAAAAAGGGGCAACAGCAGAUUCGGUGCAGCAGCGACGUCAGUAUCGCAGGCAGAAUCGACAGUCGUCUUCAGAUACAGGGUCUUCCUCCUCAGAAGAUGAAGCCCCCAAGAGGCCUGCAGCGGGGCCCGGAGCCAGAAACGGUGAAGUCAGGAGGAGAAGAAGCCGCACACCUUCCCCAAGGAGGCGACACAGGGAUCAAUCUCCAAGGAAAAGGCGUUCUCCAUCUCCUGGGCGCAGACGUCGCACCCCUUCUCCCCCACGACGCCGCAGAUCCCCCUCUCCUCCUAGACGCAGGUCUCCUUCCCCACCUCCUCGCCGACGAUCUCCAUCUCCCAGACGAUAUUCGCCCCCUAUCCAGCGUCGCUACAGCCCCUCACCUUUGCCUCCACAGAGGAGGAAGUUGUCCAGCUCACCUGCAAAGCGCUCCUCCCCAGUUGCCAAGCGACAUUCCUCCAGGUCUCCCAAGCGCAGAAGUUCUCCUCCUCACAGGAGACGUUCACCUCCACGCUCAUCGCCACCCAGACACAGGAGGAGUCCCAUGUUACCGUCAGGCUGGCAAAGCAGGGAUACACGAUCUCCUGCUGCAGAAGCACACCGCAUGUCCCCAUCCCCUGUAAACCGUGGUCGCGCUGUCAGGAGUUCCCCCAGUCCCCAGGGUCGUUUUGAAACCUCUAGCACAUCCCCAUCUAACCAUAGAAGACAACAGUCCCCUUCACACAGUGGCAAACCCAUCCGCAGAGUGUCACGCACCCCAGAGCCACGUAGCAACCAGAGAUCCUCUCCAAGUCCCCAGCCCAUGAGAAGAGCAUCUUCCAGAUCUAGAUCUGUUUCCCCUCAACCAGCAGCUCAGAAGCGUCCAGUUGCAAAAUCUGCCUCCCCCUCACCAGCUCACUCUGCCAGUGGUUCCCCACCAGCAGCUAAAAAGGCCCGCAGUGUUUCUGGCAGUCAGUCUCCAAGCAAGAAUUCUGACAUUGAUGGCAGUGGAAAGAAAAAGAAAAAGAAGAAGGAAAAGAAGCACAAGAAGCACAAGAAAGAGAAGAAACACAAGAAGCAUAAGAAGGAGAAGACUGGUGCCACUGGUGCUGGAGAUGGACAAGAGAACCAGGUUGUGGAGGAGGAUGGCGACUCAAGAAAGGUGGCUAAUUUGAGGUGUUCUUUUAGGAAUCAGAGAGUGAAGUAGAUGACAGCUUGGACGACCUAGAGAAGCACCUAAGAGAGAAAGCCCUGCGAUCCAUGAGGAAGGCUCAGUUGUCUCCAUAACAGAUGUCCUUGAACCAAGUGGCUUUCUCACUUAAGAAUUUCCCUCUCACUUGAUGUUUGUCAUCAACCUGGUUCAGCUUUAGAAUGUACAAAUUGUUAAUCCUUAAGUCUUUUUUUGUUUUCUUUAUACUGGUUUGGUACAUUCUGAAGAGUGUGUUGCAUUCAGAGCUUGUUUUGUCAGCUUGUGUAACUUAACAGUUAAGAAGUCUGUUGUCUGUUUGAAAUUGUUGAGCAGGGAAAUUGUUGCAGCUCACAGGUUAGAGUUGGGGCAGGUUUCAGAUAAAUUCCACAGCCUACACUAGACUUGCAUGUGCAGCGAUUGUCUCUGAUGUGCAUGAACCACUGACGUUACAAAGUGUAGAGAAAAACCCAACAUACAGGAACACACUGUUACUGCCUUUGAUUAGUGGAACCAGUGACACAGCUGUGUGCUCUUAAAAGGCUCUAACUGAAUGUCUUGUCCCACAUUGUUAAUUAAUCGAGUCAUUUGGCAAUGUCUAACCUGCUGUUUUUUUUUCUCCUGACUUUGAAAUAAUCUUGUUUUAAAACUAAACCAGUCUGAUCUAUGGAGUAUGCUUUAAUUUUUCCAAAUGAAUCGAUAUGCAAUUUUAUGUUGACACUCUUACACCGAGCCAAUCUCCAUUGGACUGCUAUAUAAUUUGUAUUUAGUAAUCCUGGUUCCUUGUCAUCUGGUCAUUAUGUCAAAAUUAAAACCUUUUUUAUAGGA